CACAACCAGUCAAAUAAAGAAUCCUUCUUUCUCUACAUUUACAUAUAAAGAAACUUCUACUAUCUAUCACCAGCUAUGCGUUUUCUGCAUUCCAGACAAUAGACAUAUCUAUAUUACCCUCCUAAAGCACAAAGUUUUUCGUUCCUUUUCCUUUUCUCUGUUUGAAAUCUCCACCGUGGAAAAUCACGAAGCUUUUGUCAUAAAUUGUAAUCUUCGACCCAUUCAUCUCUCUCUCAAUCAAACGGCCCGGAAGAUUUUCCCUUUCCGGCUUCUGAAAGAAAAUGUGUCCCAUGAGGUUCAUCUUGGUGUUUUUCUCGGCAAUACUAGCUGCAUAUUUUGCAUGGAGGACAGUUCAUUCUUCGCCUCAGACGGACAAGAUUUUAGAGGACAUUACACUUGAAAAAACGUCAACGAUAGAUAAACCAGAAUUCAAUCUUAAAAAGACGAUUCAAGAAUGCUUCUGGGUGUUCGUUGACAUGGCCAGCGGGAGGUACUUAUGGAGGAAUCUGAGGAUGAAUGAGCAAGUUAAGAGCUGCUAGAACUUUAUCAUGGAACUAAUUUCAGCCUUAUCUCUGUAAUCUAUUACUACAGCACUGGAGAAAUAUGUUAUUAAUUUUCGGCGGGUGGAAUCUGAGAUGUAAGGACGUAGCAGUGUAGACCUCAUACAAUUCUGCAAAUAAGAAAAUGUCUUUCUUUUUUUUA